GUGGUCACGCGCCGCUCGGCUAAAGAUGGAUGCUUUUAGCAAGAACAGUUAGCAAGAAGCUAACGGCCGCCGCUCCGGGAGAGAAGCCGAUUCUGAGUCUUUUCCGGCGGGUUCAGGAGUGAGCGAAGCCCCGGCUCAACAUGGAGAACAUUAGGGAGCGGUUCGGUUAUCUCCGAGACCCGAACCUUGUCGCCCGCUUCCAGCACAUGUGCGGGGUUCGGGGGACCGGUUUGAAGGCAGCGGACCGGGCUCACCUGCACAACAACGGGGCGUUUUAUCAUCCGGUAUCCGCGGAAACUGGGAGCGAAAGUUCGGCCAGUAUCGGAGCUGGAGAGGGAGAAAAUGUCCAAACAGCAGCGCUGGGACAUCGGAGGAGGACUCCGGAUCUGAAACAUGACCCAAAAAGAGCCUGUGAAAAUGGGUCAGCGGGAGGAGAGGCUACCGGGCUUCAGGUCGGGGCUCUCCGUUCAGGGCUCACCGGGUCAGAGUACCGAAGGGCAGCCCAGAACGGGAGCAAGGACCCGGGGUCCCCCCGGGGCAGCACGGUGAAACCCCUCCGGAAAAACUCCCUAACGGAGGACACGGGACAGGAGUUCGUAAUCCAGAACAGGUUCUUGUUCUACUUGUUCACAUUUGGAACCGAACUGGGCAACGAGUUCUUCUACAUCACCUUCUUCCCCUUCAUCAUGUGGAACCUGGACGCGUUUAUAAGCAGGCGGCUCAUCAUGGUCUGGGUCUGGGUCAUGUACCUGGGUCAGUGCACCAAGGAUGUGGUCCGGUGGUCCCGACCCGCCUCCCCACCUGUGGUCAAAGUGGAGAUGUUCUACAACUCGGAGUACAGCAUGCCGUCCACGCACGCCAUGUCUGGAACCGCCAUCCCCUUCUCCCUGUUCUUCAUGACCUACAACCGCUGGGAGUAUCCGUCCUCCUUGGGCUUCAUCCUGGCUCUCUGCUGGUGUCUGCUGGUCUGCACGAGUCGGAUCUACAUGGGGAUGCACUCGGUCCUGGAUGUGAUCGUUGGCUUCCUGUACAGCGUCCUGAUCCUGGUCUUCUUCCUGCCGGUCUUGGACUUUAUCGAUGGCUUCAACCUUACCUGCCGUUACGCCCCGCUCGUGAUCGUGUCCCUCCACCUGGGCCUGGGCCUCCUGUCCUUCACCCUGGACACCUGGAGCACGUCUCGCGGCGACACCGCGCAGAUCCUGGGCACCGGUGCCGGCGUGGCCUUGGCCUCCCACGUCAACUACCGUUUUGGCUUAAUGCCGGACCCCGCACCAGAACGGCUGCCCCUCGUCCUGCCCGCCUUCAGCCUGGGCCUGGUGGGCAUGGCCGUGCUGCGGCUCGUCCUGGGAGUGCUGGUUCUGGUGGGCACGCGGGCCCUCAUGAAGGCCGUCACCAUCCCACUGGUGUGCCGGCUGUUCGGCAUUCCGUCUGGAGACGUGAGGAGGGCCCGGCAGCACAUGGAGGUGGAGCUGCCCUACCGCUACAUCGUGUACGGAACCGUGGGCUUCAACGUCCUCUUCCUGGUCCCGCUGCUCUUCAGCUUCCUGCAUCUCAUAUGAUCAGGUCCCCUGAGGGUCCAGAGGGUCCCCUGAGGGUCCAGAGGAUCCCCUCAGGGUCCAGAGGAUCCCCUCAGUGUCCAGAGGAUACCUUCAGGGUCCAGAGGAUCCCCUCAGGGUCCAGAG